AUGUCUGCUGGUAAAACUUUUUCUACAAGAACUAGGAAAAUCAAUUGUCCAUGCAUUGUGAGAAUCGGAUGUAAAGGAAAAAAGCUGCAUAUAAUUGGUUUUGUAAUGCGCCACAAUCAUCCUGUGACAACAGAGCUUGCAGAAACCUAUCCGGAAAAUCGUCGUCUAACUGAAGAUGAGAAGCUAGAGAUAAACGAUUUUCUACAGUCGGCACCUGACAAUCUAACCGUAAAAGAGCACAUAGAACGUAAGUUUGGCAAACCCUGUACACUGAAUGAUGUACGGCAAAUGAAAUAUCGCUUGCGGAAGCUCCAGAGAUCCAACGGCACCAGCCAUGGGCAGACUAGGCAGGAGCCCUCGCGACAUCAAAAUUCUACAGAGGCUGAUUUUGAUUUUGAUCCAAUCCCUCCUGUUUCUGAUUGGGUGGUGCACACAAAAGAUGACUGUCGACUGUCCCAAUUUGAGCCUCUUUCAAAUCAGCUGGCAGAUCUUGUUUGUUCUGCGGAUCAGGAGACGUUUUGUGACCGGAUGGCCUUCCUCAAGGAGCUAACAGAAGCAUGGCGCGAGGGGAAGCAACCGAUGCUAGCCUACAGUGAGUCCAUGCUUAAGGGCGAUUCCUGCGAGAGUCCAAUCAACACAGAAGUAGUGACUUCAGAAAGUCCGUUCCCUUACUCGAAGCCAGGUAAAGCGUACCUGUCCUUCAAUUAUUGA